CGGGCCUAAUACGCCUUUUGAAACGGGAGCUGCCCGUCACGUUUGUGUUUCAAUGUACGUAUAAGCAUGCCGUCCCCAUAAUGUCACGUUAUUUAUAUAUGCGCACAUGAAGUUGCCCAGUUUCGCCCCAGAUACUGUGAAAAGAAGGGCGGAGCCACAGUGGAAAGCAGAUUACAAAUACGGUGUGUUCAGUCACGAAUUGCCCACUGGCGCCAGGCCAGCCAGCAAGUAGGGAAAAGGCAGGGUGCCACAAUGCCAGGCGACAGCAGAGGGUGCGCUUACAAGCGUGUACUUGAGUCAGGAAGAUGACGUGAUUGGGUGGCAAUAUGGACUAAUCGUCCCACCCAGUGCUGAGAUCUUGAGAAUUUGGGACUCCACAGCAUUGAGGCCUCUUUGAAACCUGCUUCAGCCUUCAGCACUCUCGAUUUUUGGAUUUUGAGAUCUGCUUUAUGAAUCCAUGAGCAUGGCGGCCAACAAUCGCUCUGCAAGCGGCAGCCCUAAGUUGCCGCUCAUGGGGUUCACCUGUGAGCCCUGGCUACAACGACCUGUCAUAAUUGCUGCAAGCUGCUUAGUGUUGGGCAUUCUGCUUGUCGCCGUCAUCCCGUACGGCACGAGAGCGUCAGAAAGUGGAGGAGCCGGCUACUCAGCAGGGAUCUUUCCACACUCCGCUGUGCAGCAAGGGCUUCACAUGCUGGCAGGCAGAGGAUUUGAUGUGAAAGCUUCAUGGGAUUCUGAGGCGCAGCAUGAGCGAUUGCUUAGAGAAGCGAUCCAAACAAUGGAGGAGAACAUCAUCCGAAGGGAGAGCUACAUCAGUCCCUGGCACACCGGUCAUAUUAAAGACGCGAAGGAAGUCUACCUAAAGGAACUUAUGGAAUACUGGGUGCCCAUCUAUCCAUGCUACCACGAAGUCCGGUACGGUUUGAUGGGGGACGGCGGAAAGUGGGUGUGCAAUGCGCACAGGCUUAACGAACAAAGCAUUAUCUACAGUAUAGGGAGCAACGCGCAGACAGAUUUUGAAAUGGAAUUGAUCGGCGUUACUGGAGCAGAGGUCCACGUUUUCGAUUGCACAUUGAAGGAGGCGGACAUUGCGAAAGUGACCAGCCUGUCCCCGCGCCUCAUUUUCCACCCCUGGUGCCUUGCAGAAGAAACGAAUCAGGAUAACAAUGUUUACAGCCUGACGGACAUCAUGCUGAAUCUCGGCCACACCUUUGUGGAUGUGCUGAAAGUCGAUUGCGAGAGAUGCGAGUACACAAGCUUCAAGUCAAUUUUGACGCGGCCAGUCUCUAAUCCACCUAUUGGUCAGUUUCUAGUGGAGACUCACAACGGGGCUGCCGUAGACAAAGACGAUCAUAAGAUUGUUGACACGUUCCUUAGGGAGUUGGAGUCCGCAGGGUUCCGAUUGUUCCACUUGGAACCAAACUGGCGAUGGUGGCCUCCAGGUGCUGAAUGGGCAUUUGUCAAUCCUUCAAGGUUGGGAUAGGCAAAGUCCACAGAGUAAAACGCUUCUGUUCAGAAUCUGAACAGAUCAGUGAGUGAGUGAUCUGAAUGGAUAUGAGUGUCACAGCAGCCACCUGACUACACCAGCUAGCUAAUUAGGAGCGCCUCAGGCUAGUCGACAAAAGGACUGGAUCUAAAGUUUGACAAACCAAUCUCUUACGAUCGGCGAUCUCUAGUUGUUUGCUAAAUGAGCAAUACGGAACUUCGAAUACCGUGACCGCCAAGCUAGUUGCAUACAAUUUGAUCUGAGUCUGGCCAAAGUUUGUCAAUCGCCUAUUCCGGCGGCGGACCAGCUGGCCAAUCUCACAUUCAAUGAUUCGUUUUCGCUAGAAAGUACCGUACGACAUGAUAGUUGAGCA